AGGAGGGCGACGAGCAGGCGGCUCCUCCUCUCGGUGCCGGGAGUGCUGUUGGGCGUCCUGUGCUUCGCCUUUGUGCUGGAUUGCAUCUUCUUUCGGGGGGUGGCCGGGGAGUCCUCCGAGGAUGUGCCUUCGCAGGAAUCACUGGUGGAGAGGCUGAAGGCAGCCCAUCCGGGGAUGACCCUGGACGACACCGAGGAGUUCGGGAUCCUGCUCGACGCGGCGCCUGCGAGGACCCCGAGGGCACGGAACCCAGAGGACAUCACCUGGGUCACCCAGUGCUCCAUCGAGCACUUGCAUCGCGUCGCGAGGCUGGCCGACGAAUGGCAGGGUCCGGUGUCCCUCGUGGCGUUCAUGUCGACUCCGAAUUACAUCAACAUCACCAUGAGGGUGAUCGAAUGCCUGCAUGCGGCAUACCCGUCCGUGUCAGAGCACGUGACCUUUCACUUCGUGUUCCCCGUGAAAACCAUGGCGGACGAAGCGAACCUGAGUUUGAAGGCAACGAAGGAUGCGGCUCUAUCGUGCGAUGCCGUCUUCGCGGAACUGCUCGUGGGAGAGCAGCGGAGGACAAACUACGCCCGUCAGGACGUGCAGUACCCGCACAAUCUGCUGAGGAACGUGGGUCGGAGGGCGGCACGGACCGAGUUCGUGUUCGUCGUGGAUGCGGACUUUCUUCCCAAUCCGGGCAUGAGGAAGGAUUUCCUCCGAUUCGCUAAGAGGGAACGUCUCUUCCACCCCCGGGCAUCCUCGAAGAAGACAGUCUACGUCGUGCCUGCGUUCGAGGGCGACAUGGGGAUGCCCACGCCAAACAACAAAUCCGAAGUCGUAUCUCUCCUGCGCGAGGGGAAGAUUCGACCAUUUUAUGCGGCGGUCUCCAUUUUCCAGCAGGGAGCAACUCAUUACAAGAGGUGGAAGCUGCUGCCCUCGCGGAAGGGGAUCUGGACGGGAUACGAAGUCAAGUGGAAGAACAUGUACGAGCCUUUCUUCAUCUCCAGGAACUCCGCGCCCUCCUUCGACGAGAGAUUUCGCAACUACGGCUGGGACCGAGCUGCUUAUAUGUGCGAACUGCACGUGGCUGGCUACCGCUUCGCCGUGUUGGACAACGCCUACAUCCUCCACGACGGCUUCAAGGAGGACAUCUACUUCUCGUAUCCCCACGCCCGGGAGGGCCUGAAGGCGAAUGCCAUCGUGAGCCGAAAAUUCCGCAACGAGCUCCAGCUCAAGUACAACACGACUUGGAGGAGUUGCGAGUCCUGGUUCUUGCAUUCCGUCGAGUUCUUGCACGUUUUCCUCGGCACCGUGAUGUGAUACUCUCUGGAUUCGCGUGUGAACCGUCCGAAGGGGGGGUCGGUUUGCUCAAAAUUCCCUUUUUCGAUGGUGUUCCAUGAAAUUCUACCAGUUUCGCAAGGCUCCUAAGAUUUAACGUCAUUUCGACCCAUCUGUGCGGGGUGUUAUGCAAAUGUGACGCUGCAACUAAAACGUGCAAUGUCUGAAAGAUAAGGACGACAGUGACGUACAGAGCAUGUCUGUAAUUCAUGCAUGUUACACAAGAAGUAUUCGAUUUUCUGUGAUUUCAAUCCUCGGU